AAUCCAAACAAAAUUUAAAGGCCGCAAAACCCAGUAUAAACCCUUGGGCUCUGAACUCUCGAAUUCUAGCUUUAAUGGCGGGUGAGGAAGAAGAGAAGGUUAAGAAGGAGCGAAUAAUCGAAGCAAGAGCGAGCAACAUAAGCCACAACGUUCGAUGCACAGAGUGUGGAAGCCAAUCAAUUGAGGAUUCCAAUGCAGAUGUCGCCGUUCUCCUCAGAAAGUUAAUAAGGGAUGAAAUUCGAGCUGGGAAGUCAGAUAAGGAGGUCUACAAGAAGCUUGAGGAGGAUUUUGGGGAUACUGUUCUUUAUGCCCCUCGUUUUGAUAUGCAUACCGCUGCAUUAUGGCUAUCUCCGUUGAUAGUGGCUGGAGUAGCAGGUGGGAUAUGGGCCUACCAAAGGCACAGGCAGAAGACCAAUGUACAUAUAAUGGCACUGAACCUUGUGAGGGGCAUGCCCUUGACCCCAAAGGAGAAACAGACCAUGCUAGACCUUCUCACCCCAUCUCCACAAAAGAAGAAAUGGGGAUGGUAGCAAUCUCUAUAUGAGAGAGAGAGAGAGAGAGAGAGAGAGAGAUUUCCUGGGUGAAUGUGGUUCUGGAUAUUUCAAUUUUUUUUUUUUGUGAUAUGUUUCCUUACAGUUCUUAUGAAAUUUUUAGUAUUCAGGUUGGUUUCACAUUGAAUGUUAUUAUGUAAUCUAUGCUUCUUUUUCUUCUCUUGUAUACACUGUUGGUUAUCUACAUAGAGAAAAAACAGGUAUACAAUGUAUGCCAUGUUUUAUAA